AAUGAAUGAAAAUUGCUAACGGUGAUUGUCGCUGGCUCGGAUUAGUGCUUUGUUAACGUAUCCGCAGCCAUUAAAGCGCUUGUUACAUUGCGGGCGACGGGGAUUAGCGCGUGCGCCGAGCUUGUUGUGCUACCAAACUUGUUUUCUGGCUGCGCAUGUGUUCCCCCAGUUCAAGUCUCGUGGCUGUAGACGCUUCCACAUGCACCGCCGCCACAGUUGAUUGCCAAUAAAGUUCGAGCCAUCGUCGCGUGCAGACGUACUACUACGCGUAGUCAACUUGAAGUGAUCGUAGUUACAUAAAGAAAAGUGAAUCGCCAACGCAGUCGCGAACUUUAAAUGCGAAAACGAAAGUGAAUCGAGUAAAGAAACUAGUGAGGAGUGAAGAAGAAAACAGAAAAAUCAGGAAAGUGAUUUUGUAUACAUAUUUCUUUAUGCGAAGAACUGUGUUUUAAAUUCGAGUGCGCAAUGGAGUGGAGUUAUUUACGUGCGUAUGCCUUUUCGGCAGGACUACUGUGCUUUUUAUCUUUGAGCUUCGGCUGGAAGCCCAUAGUGGGCGGUUCCUUUGCCACCUCCUUCAAUCUGCAGCAAUCUCAUCCCGGGUCGGCAACCAGCGCCAAAACUCUAAUGCUUGGCGGCAGUUCAGGCGAAAGCGCAGAGUACUCUUCGUCGCCGUUGUUGCCGCAGGAAGCGGCGAGCAAGGUGCUGACUGGUGUUGGAGAGGCCGUAGCGAUAUCGGCGCCUCUGGGGACUCACUCCGGGCUGAAAUUCGAAACGGAUGAGUUCGAGUAUGAGCGCGAGCUAUUCGGCAGUAGCGACUACAACAGGGAGGAUCUCUGCGCAGUCAAGAAGUACGCCUUCAAUCAUGAUGGUACCGUUGCAUAUGAGAAUAAGCUGCCAGAUUUGAAUCAGUUCACUAUCUGCUUUUGGUCGCGCUACACAAAUCACAGCGGGGAUCACGUGCUAUUAACUUAUUCGGUUAAGGAUGAACCGCGUGAAUUCCAAUUUUGGAUUUCGAACUCAAAAAAUUCCAGUUUUAUUUCGAUGGCCAUAAAAGGUCAGCAGGUUUAUAGGCUCAAUUAUCCGUUGCGUGUGCGUCAAUGGCAUCAUCAGUGCUCGUCAUGGAAUGGAAAGACGGGCGAAUGGCAGGUUUGGGUGAAGUCAGAGCGCGUUGGACGUGGCUUCCACAACGCGUUGGUUAGUCACACAAUACCCGGGAAAGGCAAAUUGUUCUCGGGCGGGUUAUCGCCGACGGGUGACUUGUCUCAGGGCCUCCACUUCGAGAUCACAUUGAUACAGAUCUACCAUAUAGCGCUGAGUGCGGGCAAGGCGCACCGCGAUCACAAGCAUCACCACGCUCACCACUUCGAUCACGAGGGCCUGGAGUUGUCAACAACAACAAGAGCACCCCCAACUAUAAACCGGCCAUUGCCAAUGCACAGCCUCUUGGCAAGCGGACAGAUACCGACGCGCGUGCGUCUAAAUCUCGCGCAACCAAAGCAACAGCAGUUGCUGCUGCAACCACAAUCAACCCAACAGUUGCCGAUGCAGCAGAUGGCGGGCAGUGAUAACACGAUUUUCCCGCUGUCCGAUCAGCAGCAGGCCGUCACCAUCAACACAAACUUUGUAAACGGGCAAAUCAAUACCGGCUCCCGGCUGGUGUCGCAACAACUACUGGGUCAUAUCGCGCAGCCGAAUUCGGCACUGCCAUUGCGGCCGAAGACCGUGCAAACCAGCUCAACGACACGCGAAUACAGCACGCUCAACAAUCCUGCCAAUGUGCAGUUCAUCGACGAGACCGAGACACGCAUCUUAUUCAAGCGCCAGGCCAAAAGCAACGACACGGAUGGAGCCUUUGGUCAGAAGCUGGUGCGCAAGCGAGCCGCUGACUUAGGAAAGGCGCGCGUAACUAUGCUGCCAUCGAAGAAUCUGCGCAAGCGAGGCCUGGUAUUGCUGGAGGAUGGCAGUGUAGUGGAGGAUCCGUUGGUAGGCAGCAGUUUGAAGUAUGACGGACUAGCGGAGUUCGGCGGUCAGCAGUUCAAACACGAUUUGACGUUGAAAAUGAACCUUGAAGAGGAGGUUCACGAGCACGAUCGCGAGCCGGCCGAAGAGGAAGUUAAGGCGGUGAUGGCGCUUUGUAGUGCCUGUGACCCAGAACCAUUCCAAGGUGCCAUUGUGUUUGCAUGGAAGGAUGCCAAGGAGCAGAUGGACAACGCGCUCAAGGGAUUAAGUGUAGGUGGGUGUGGCAAUUUUUAAUUGCCACGGCGAGCAUGUGAAACGGCGCUAGUCAGAAGGGUGUAUUCGGAGCGCUAGUGGGGGUUGUGGCUAUUACAUAGGUCGGCGCAUUUUCAAAACGCAUUUAAUUUCGAGCUUCGGUCGAACGUGCUGCCCGCGGUCGGUCGCGCUUGUAUUCAUUAGCUUAAUUUUUAGAAAAUAGCAUUUUGUAUUGUAUUUCAUGUAUGUAUGUCUAUUUAUAUUUUGUAUUUUAUGCAA